CAGCGGGAGAUACGAGCGCGAGAGGCCUCAGCGCAUCCUCGGCGCACUUUGCUAUACACGCACUAUGGUCGUACGGGGUUACAUGUAGACGUUGCGCACCUGGGAACACACAAGCAGAUAAUUCAGGAGCGGGUCCCUCCCUCGACGUCGCAGCUAUGCGCCCCGGUCGUUGGCCGCCCACGCCGCCCGCUGCGCGCGAGACGACGAUAGGACACCUUCAUUGCCCCGAAUCCCGCAUCGGACGAUGCGAAAAGAGCGCACUCGCCGAUACGGCGGUGAGUCGCUUGCCGUGGCGACAUCCGCCCCCACUCGAAAUGAGGACAGUUCGUCCCUGGCCGUUCGCCUACCGAGCGCCCACCGUCCCAAGCGACUCGGAACACGCUCCACAUCUGCAAAUUGACCCCGACGCUGAAACGCGCCGCGCCGCGUAGCUGCGUGCCUCCCUCCCGCGGUGCAUCCGCGCGUACCCCUUCCCGCUCACCCCGUCUCCCUGGGUCCGCGCCGUCUCGUGUCGCCGUCUGGUUGGUGUGCCGUCCAGCGGGCUCGGAGUCCGUCUCCGGUCGACGUGACUCCAUUGUUGUCAGCAAUUGCUUCCUGGCGACGGAGGAGGACUUGGCCCCGGUUGAGAAUGCCGCACGGACCAUGAUACGACACGGUACGAGCGGGGCGGCCCCGCUGCCCCUCCUUCCGCCUCGCAUGCUCUUGCUCUCUUCCCUCGCGCAGGGCGACAUCUGGUGCAGGCCAAUCGCUUGCCUAUUCCAGGAUCUCCCCUGUGUUCUCUUGACGAAGCUAGCGCCCUCGUCGCCGCGAGACGAAGCUCGAAACCGCGACACUUCGGUCUUGACAACCGCUGCACGGUGAGCAGUUCUGGACUACGAGGCUGGGCCGGGCUGAUCGCACUGACUACGACAGAGGAUGCCGUUCGACACCUGCAGAUCCAUCCUGGCCCAUCCGCAGGCUCGCCGUGUCCACGGACUCAGAUCUGCAGCCUAUCGACCGCAGUGAGUUCCGACUUUUGAGACUUGUGCUUACAGCACAACUGACCUCCUGUAGCAGACACUACAGGAAGUCGUCUCCGCGGACGGCCC